UUGCGUUAGUUGUGCGCGACAAUCGAUACUCUGGUAUCCUCCUGCGUCUCGAGUAGUGCCGAUCCGGGUGACAGCGCUAGCCAUUCUUUCCGCUUCCUGAAGCUUCGGCCAGAACUUUUGACCUUUGCGGGGAGAAUCAACAGUCAACAGUCUGCAGAACGUGCUAAGUCUGUCACACCCCAGCAUUUGGCCAUUAUUAUCUGACCGAAUCUCUAUUUCAACAGACCUAUUAGGUUUGUCAAUAAUCAUCGUCGCGAAUUUCCGAUAACCCCUUGCCAAAAUGUCCUCAACCGCGAUUGUCCACGACGACGACCUUAUGGAGCCUACGCUCCAGUCAAUUGUCAACCAGAAAACAUUGCGCUGGAUCUUCGUUGGAGGCAAAGGAGGUGUUGGUAAGACCACUACCUCUUGCUCACUCGCCAUCCAGCUUGCCAAAGCUCGCAAGUCUGUUCUGCUCAUCUCCACCGACCCCGCGCACAACCUCAGUGAUGCCUUUGGUCAGAAGUUCGGCAAGGAGGCUCGUCUAGUCGAUGGAUUUACCAACCUCAGUGCUAUGGAAGUCGACCCGAAUGGCAGCCUCCAGGACCUUCUAGCGAACGGCGAAGGUCAGGGUGACGAUCCUAUGGCUGGCCUCGGUGUCGGGAAUAUGAUGCAGGAUCUAGCUUUCAGCAUUCCUGGUGUUGAUGAGGCCAUGUCAUUCGCCGAGGUUCUUAAGCAGGUCAAAUCCCUGUCUUAUGAGGUUAUCGUCUUCGAUACUGCCCCCACCGGCCAUACCCUCCGCUUCCUUCAAUUCCCCACGGUCCUCGAAAAGGCUCUCGCGAAGCUUUCACAACUGUCGUCCCAGUUCGGGCCAAUGCUCAACUCGAUUCUUGGAGCUCGUGGUGGGUUGCCCGGUGGUCAAAACUUGGAUGAACUUUUGCAAAAGAUGGAAUCCCUGAGAGAAACCAUCGGCGAGGUCAACACCCAGUUUAAGAACCCUGACAUGACCACUUUCGUAUGCGUCUGUAUUGCAGAGUUCUUGUCUCUGUACGAGACUGAGCGCAUGAUCCAGGAGCUGACAAGCUACCAAAUUGACACACAUGCUAUUGUAGUCAACCAGCUUCUUUUCCCUAAGCAGGGCAGUGACUGUGAGCAAUGCAAUGCACGCAGAAAGAUGCAGAAGAAGUACCUGGAGCAGAUUGAGGAGCUCUAUGAAGACUUCAACGUUGUCAGGAUGCCGUUGCUCGUUGAAGAGGUCCGAGGGAAGGAGAAGCUCGAGAAAUUCAGCGACAUGCUCAUCAACCCUUAUGUGCCUCCAAACUAAGCGUGUGUUAAUGAUAAGUUCGGUUCAAAUUUGAUAUCGUUGUUUGGCAUGAGUUAUGAGAACGAGAUAGACAGUAAUAUACAAUCAUUCUGAUGC